GUCCCGGUCCCGGCCAUGCUGAGGAUCGGUCCCAUCGCCGCCGCCGCCGCUUUCGCCCGCCGGGCACCGCCGCGGCACCGCCUCGCUGGGAACCGGGAGAGCAUCCCCCGGUCCCGGCCGCCGGCUCUGUCCCGGGGCGGCGGCGGCGGCGGCGGCGGGAGGGUGGUGCCGGUGCUGAAGACGCCCAAGGGCACCCGCGACCACCCGCCGGCGCAGGCGGCGCUGCGGGAGCGGCUGCUGGGCGCCGUGGUGUCCUGCUUCAAGCGGCACGGGGCGGCCGCCAUCGACACCCCCGUGCUGGAGCUGCGGGAGACGCUGAUGGGGAAGUACGGGGAGGACACAAAGCUCAUCUACGAGCUGCAGGACCAGGGAGGGGAGCUGCUGGCCCUGCGCUAUGACCUCACCGUGCCCUUCGCUCGCUACCUGGCCAUGAACAAGGUCAACAACAUGAAGCGCUACCACGUGGCCAAGGUGUACAGGAGGGACAACCCGGCCACCACCCGGGGCCGCUACCGCGAGUUCUACCAGUGCGACUUCGACAUCGCCGGGCAGUUCGACCCGAUGAUUCCUGAUGCCGAGUGCCUGAAGAUCGUGCACGAGAUCCUGAGUGACCUGCAGCUCGGGGACUUUGUCAUCAAGGUCAACGACAGGCGGAUUUUGAACGGUGUGUUUGCUGUCUGUGGUGUCCCAGAGAGCAAGUUCAUAACGGCCUGUUCCACCGUGGACAAGCUGGACAAGGUGCCGUGGGAGGAAGUGAGGAGCGAGAUGGUGGGAGAGAAGGGGCUCUCUCCCGAGGCUGCGGAUCGCAUCGGGGAGUACGUCCAGCUCCACGGUGGGCUGGACCUGAUCGAGCGGCUCCUGCAGGACCCGAAGCUGUCGCAGAACAAGCUGGCCAAGGAGGGGCUGGGGGACAUGAAGCUGCUGUUUGAGUACCUGACCCUGUUUGGCAUCACAGGGAAGAUCUCCUUCGACCUGAGCCUGGCCCGGGGCCUGGACUAUUACACGGGGGUGAUCUUUGAGGCCGUGCUGCUGCAGCAGGAGAACGAGCACGUGGAGGAGCUGGUGGGCGUCGGGAGCGUGGCUGGAGGCGGCCGCUACGACGGGCUGGUGGGGAUGUUUGAUCCCAAGGGCCGGAAGGUGCCCUGCGUGGGGGUCAGCAUUGGGAUCGAGCGGAUCUUCUCCAUCCUGGAGCAGAGGCUGAAGGCUUCUGGGGAGAAACUUCGCACAACUGAAACCCAAGUGCUGGUGGCCACACCCCAGAAACACUUGCUUGCUGCCAGACUGAAGCUCAUCUCAGAGCUGUGGGACGCAGGGAUCAAGGCCGAGAUGCUGUACAAGAAGGAUCCUAAACUGCUGAAGCAGCUGCAGUAUUGUGAGGACACAGGGAUCCCCCUUGCUGCCAUUGUAGGAGAGCAGGAGCUGGCAGACGGAGUCGUCAAGCUGAGAGAUGUCUCAACACGAGAGGAGGUUGAUAUCCCAAGGGAGAAGCUUGUUGAUGAGAUCAGGAGAAGGCUGGAGCCCUGAGGACUUCUCUGGCCAGAGCUGCUUGGCUGAACUGCUGUACAACUGGAACCCUGCAGUGCCCUUAACUAUUCACUGCCAGCUGAGGCCUGGUUACCAUCCACCAGCCUAAGGCUCCUUGCCUGGGCUAAGGCAGCGAGAAGAGAGGAGCCAGGGCAUUUUAAAAGCUAUGGGACAGCGCAGUCACCAGCUUAAAGUUCUGGUUAAGUGCUCUGAAGGACAGGCUGAGCUUGUGGGUUCCUAAUAGUGCAGUCCCUGCACCUGUACAGGCAUUCCCAUCACUGCAGGUGGUGUUUCCAUGGGCACAGACUGGACGUGGUGCAGCUCACAGAGGUGCAGCUCCAGCAGGAUCAUCAGGCUGAGCUCUGGCGUGGGGAGGGAGCAUGUUGGGCACCCACAGGCCCAGGACAUGGGGCGAGGAGGGCAGUGGAAGGGCCAGUCCCACUCCCAGCCCGCACCUGGACGCUGCACGGGGCUGCAGGACCAGCCUGAGUGGGGGUGAUGCCAAAAAGUCGGAGAAGAAACUCUCUAGACUCAUUUUGAGUAUAGAAAGCCAAAACCCACACGUUUAUUGCAGCGCCAGAUGCAUCAGAAAAAAUCCCAAAGGAUGCACCCUGAAUCACACACGUUUCAUAACUUUAUACCAUCCUCUAAUUACAGAUUCAAGGAGGGGCUGUCUCACCCCAUUUUCCCCCAGAGGACGCUCCCCUCGGAUUGUUUUUCUCUUGAGUACUUGGUUUCCUGCCUUAGGGACCUGGUUCAAGGCCUAAACCCAGCCUUGCCUCGUCCGUUUCAUAUCCUUUCUCGCUUUUAUCAGUCUCUUCACAGCUGCGAGCGACCGCCUCUGUUUUACCGAAAUUCUUGCCGGUAACGAAUCUUGGCAAGAAAUUCCACGCUACGCGCUUCCCCUCGGGAACUUCCAACCUUUACUGAAAACACGUGAGCUCUACGGCUGACACUCUCCUUCUAAAGUGUCAAAAAUACAUAAAUUCUGCGGCUAACAA